GCUUCGCCUCGUCCAUUAUUUCUGUAAAUAAUCUUCUGUACAAUUACUAACCUAACUAUGAUGCUCAAAGCAAAAAAGGAGUCAAACUACACCAAGGGCAUUGUCCCCGUCCUCAUCACAAUAUUCCUACUUAUCACUGGAUACGCUUUGUAUAAGCCACUUCCCGAAGGAUUCACUAUUAGUAAAUGGGACAGAGCUGUUAUGCAUGUAGUCGAGCCAGCUCUACGAGUCGCCUACUACUAUCCGAGUCGGAUGUUCACAAAGCCUAGUAAUAUGGUUCAGUGGACUCGUGGUGCUUUAAAUACGCUUUCCAAAACUCUGGGACUGCUCGUCAACACACAUGGACAAGUAGAUAUUAAAUGGCACAAAUGGAACGAAACCCCGGUGAAAGUCUAUCGUCCGACAAACAACAAAACUUCUACCGAUGGAGCUGUUCUUUUUAUUCACGGAGGUGGUUUUGCUCUUGGAAACGUCGACAUGUAUGACUCGCUCGUCAAGAGGAUGGCAUAUGAGAUGAAAACACUUUUUAUUUCUAUUGAAUAUCGCCUAUCACCAGAAACUGUCUUUCCUGGAGGAAUUCUCGAUUGUGAAGCCGCUAUUGAUCACUUCUUCGAUUUUGGAGCCGUGCAAUUCGGAGUGAAUACGUCAAAAGUUGUUAUAAUGGGAGAUUCUGCCGGUGGAAACUUGGCUACAGUCAUUGCUCAACGUCGUGCUGCUCGAAACUCGUUUCCAAAAUUGGCUGGACAAGUGCUCAUCUACCCACUUUUGCAAAUGGCUGACAUGCAAACAGUUUCAUACCGUUACUUCCACUCUCGCCUCCGUGGCUAUGCUUUAGUCGAUCCUGAGUCAGUUGCUUAUUAUUACAUGUUCUAUGCUGGAAUUGACAUGGAUGAAAAAGCAUAUCUUGUACCCAGUGUUAUUUCAAACGGCCACGUUGCAAAUCACUUACAGUCAGAAGCCAGUGAGAUUAUGUCGUAUAAAAGCGUGAUCGAAAUGAAACACAACUACAAAAAUCACAGCAUUACGGAAAGAUGGGAAGUUAGCCAAAGCUAUGAAGCCCAAGAUUUGAUGGAACCGUUUCUCACGAAUCCAGAUUUCUCUCCGCUGAUGAGAAAAGAUUUAUCCAAUCUUCCUCCAACAAUGGUGAUCACUUGCGAAUUUGAUAUUCUUCGUGACGAGGGUCUUAUAUAUGGAGAGCGACUGAAGGUUUCCGGUGUGCCCACCACUACCAUCCACUACGAAAAUGGAUUCCAUGCAAUGCUCAACUUUCACAGUGAACUCGACGAAGCCUCCAAAUCAGUCGAUGACAUUGAACAAUGGACGCUCAACGCCAUCAACAACGCUUAAAAGUUUCUUCUACUUUUUAGGAUAUAUUAGAAUUUUAAAGCUUCAAAAGCAUGUAUUUAUUUUGUCCCAUGGGUUUUCACCUGAAAAUUGUCUGAUUCUGUGAUACUCAUUUUGCACUCUGUAGGUUAACUAGAAUUGCUUGUCCUUUUCGGGAAUAAAUAUUGUGAUGAGAA